AUGGCAACGACGCAACAACCAAAUGCUGUUCAGCCAAUGCUCACUGAUCUCUAUCAAAUUUCGAUGGCCUAUGCUUAUUGGAAGAGUGGCAAACAUCAAGAUGAAUCUACAUUCGAUCUGUUUUUUCGUAAAAAUCCAUUUGGUGGUGAAUACGCAUUAUUUGCUGGUCUUGAAGACUGUUUGAAAUUCAUUGAAAAUUACAAAUUUCAAAAAUCCGAUAUCGACUAUCUUCAGACAGUGAUGCCCGACUAUAUUGAGAAGGAAUUUUUUGACUUUCUAUUGAACAUCAACAUGAAUGAUAUCAAAAUUUAUGCAAUACCUGAAGGUUCUGUGAGCUUUCCUCGUGUGCCAUUGCUUCGUAUCGAAGGGCCUAUUCUAAAAGCACAAUUACUCGAAACGACUCUUUUAACAUUAAUCAACUAUGCUAGUCUGGUCGCAACGAAUGCUGCUCGAUUUCGCGCAGCGGUUGAUCCUAGUAAGAAAUUUUACGAAUUGGGUCUUCGACGUGCACAAGGCCCAGAUGGAGGUCUCAGCGCCUCAAAAUAUUGCUACCUAGGCGGAUUCGAUGGUACAUCAAACGUAUUAGCUGGUAAACUGUAUGGAAUUCCGAUUCGAGGAACACAUGCUCAUGCUUAUAUUAAUUCAUAUCAAAAUCUUGAGGAGUUGAAAAAUAAAGAAUUGACCGAUCGAAUUACCGGUGAAUCACGUCCAUUCGUACAAUUGUGUUUGAAAUAUCUCGAUGAACUUGGUCCAAUACUAAAAGUCCUUCCCGACCAAACUCACAAAGGUGAAUUGGCUGCAUUUAUUGCCUAUGCUACCGCAUUUCCUUCGGGAUUUUUGGCUUUAGUAGACACUUACGAUGUUCUCAAGUCUGGUGUACCAAAUUUUCUGGCUGUUGUUCUGGCAUUGCAUGAAUGCCAGUAUGAAGCGGUAGGCCUUCGUUUGGACUCCGGUGACAUAUCCUAUCUAUCAUUGGAAGUACGUGCAAAGUUUAUUGAAGUGGCUCAAAAAUUCAAUUUACCUUUUAUUGAACAUUUGACUAUUGUAGCAAGUAAUGAUAUUAACGAGGAUACAUUACAUUCAUUAGAAAAGCAAGGACAUGCAGUUGAUAUAUUCGGUAUUGGAACACAUUUAGUUACAUGCCAGAGACAACCCGCACUUGGUUGUGUCUAUAAAUUAGUUGAAUUGAAUGGAAUACCACGAAUCAAAGUAAGUCAAGAUAUCGAAAAAGUAACGAUACCUGGCCGAAAAGAUCUCUAUCGGCUCUAUGAUACUAAUGGUAAAGCUUUAUGUGAUCUAAUGACUAAAACUGACGAACCCGCGCCGAUCGCUGGUGAAAGAGUACUUUGUCGACAUCCGUUUUUUGCAACGAAACGUGCCUAUGUUACACCAACGUCAGUACAAUGUAUGUAUAAAUUGUAUUGGGCCAAUGGUCAAAUUCAACAUGCACUCCCAGCGUGGCAUGAAGUUCGUUCUUUUGCUCAGCAACAAAUAGAAACCUUGCGUAAAGAUCAUCGACGAAAUCUUAAUCCAACACCGUACAAAGUCUCAGUUAGCGAUAGUCUUCAUUUGUUCUUACAUAAACUCUGGAUGAGUAGUGUACCAAUUGGUGAACUCGCUUAA